GGAGCGUGUCAGUCGGGAGCAUGCUUUUGCCAGGCAAGAGCUGGAUCAGGAUGAGGCAUACUUGGAACAGCCGCUGCAGGCCUUCAGGCUGACCAAGCGUUUGGUCGAAGACUGGCCACAGCUAUACAAAAUGCUAAUGACGAAUCAGCCCAAAGAAACUUAUCGCGCGACAGUGGAUGCAAUUUCUGCAGCAGUGGGCAUACCAAACGAAGAAGAGCUGCAGGGCGCAGUCAAAGGUCUGCUGCGCCUGCAGCGUGUCUACAAUCUAACAGCCAGUGAUCUGGCCGAUGGCAUCCUCAAUGGCGUCCACACAGACAGCGUGCUUCUCUGGCACGACUGCUUUGAGAUUGGGGUGCAGUUAUACGAACUGGCGGAGUAUAGCAGCGCCCAGCAGUGGUUUCUGCAAGCGGUCAAUUUACUCCAGGAAAUCGACGGCGAAAAUGUGCAGCAAAUGGCUACAGAGAUCUACGAGUAUUUGGUCUUGACCCACAUCGAGUUGGGUGAACGGGAGGAGGGUGUGGAAACCUUAAAAGAGAUGCUCACCUGGUAUUCGAGACAUCCGCCACAUCCAGCACAAUAUACACUCAAAUACUUGCAGCAGAGCAUGCCCAAGUGUCCCAAAGAGCAUGAGCCAGCUUACUGGUUUGACAACUACACGCAACUCUGCCAGGGCAAACGACUGUCGGAACCGAAGCCAAAUGGAAGUGCACUAAAUUGUUAUUUAGAUUUCACUCGUCAUGCGCGCUUCAGGCUGGCGCCACUAAAAGUGGAGCAGGUCCGUCUGAAUCCGGACAUACACAUCUACUAUGACCUGAUCAACGAUGACCAGAUAGAUGACAUCUAUGAAGUAGUUGAUCAAUUCGACAGUUUUCGCUCCUCGGUGAGCAGCAGUAUUGUGACGGAUUGGCGUGUCAGCCAACAGGUGUGGCUCAACUACAGCAGCCCGAUCCUGCGUUCCGUGAGCAAUUUAGUUGGCGCCAUUUCUGGUUUCGAUAUGGAGAAUGCCGAACAAAUGCAGGUGGCCAAUUAUGGCAUUGGCGGCCAAUAUGCGCCGCAUACGGAUUACUUGUCCAAAAUACCCGACAGCUACAUACCAAGAGGCAAUCGCAUCGCAACGAACAUGUUCUAUCUCUCGGAUGUGCUGAAUGGCGGCUAUACGGUCUUUCCCAAGUUAAAUGUAUUUCUGAAACCCGUGAAAGGCGCCAUGGUUAGCUGGUAUAAUCUACACCGAUCUCUGAAUAAAGAUAGCCGCACCUUACAUGCUGGCUGUCCCGUCAUUGAGGGCGUCAAGCGCAUUGGCAACAUUUGGAUUCAUUCCACCCGCCAGGAGUUCCGUCGUCCAUGCACGCUUAAUGCAAACGAGUAAGAUGGCUGAUAAAAGAUAUAAUAAUGAAUGAAAGGCACAUAAAAGGCCAGAUUAAAAUACAGAAUUCAUAUUUUCAGAAAUAAAUAAAUACUAUUUAA